AUGACGUGGCAAGCCAAGGCCGCCUGCUUGGCGCUGCUGGUGUUACCAGUAGCCUGCAAAGACCUAACCGAAGCCGCGCGCGAGGAUCUCAACGAACUACCGCAAGCUCAAGACCCCGAUCUCGUAAACUACGAUGACUACAAUCCCUUCGGCGAAGACGAAAACGCAAUUAUCGCUGAACGAGAUUUCAGAGGAUCUACAACUGGUACUCCUGGAUACCGAAGACCACCUUCACUACCAGUGACGAGAGCGCCACUUCCGCAAGGCUGCAUGGACUCGGGCCGGACGUACUUAGAUGGAGACACGUGGAAGAGGGACAACUGUACUUUGUGCCAGUGUCAUGAUGGACGUGUCAACUGCUCAGUUCUUCCAGCUUGUUUAAUAUCAACGGCAACCAGCAGACCUGUAUACAACGCUGGCGCUCAGCCGACUACACCCGUGAGAGGUGUGCCCGGUCGGCCGGGUGAUGAAGGACCUUCGGGAGCACCUGGAGCGCCUGGUGUCAACGGCAUUCCUGGUACUCCAGGAAUACCAGGACCAGCUGGACCGAUGCCUGAUGUGAACGCGUACCUCGCACAACUGGCAGCGGUAGCAGGUGGCGAUAAGGGGCCCGCUUUUGAUCCUUACCAGUACAUGCAAGCGCCAGUAGGUUCGCCGGGCAUAAGGGGCAUCCCAGGCCCUCAAGGUCCUCCGGGACCUCAAGGUUUCCAAGGACCACGCGGUGAACCUGGCGAACCCGGUCUACCAGGGCCUCAAGGACCACCAGGAGAGAGAGGACCGCAAGGCCUGCCAGGAAAAGACGGUUCACCGGGUGAAGAUGGCGAACCGGGACCAGCAGGGGCUGCUGGGCAACCAGGACCAAGGGGUGCGCCAGGUAUACCAGGAAUACAAGGUCUAAAGGGACAUCGCGGGUUUGAUGGAAAGGACGGAGCGAAAGGCGAACAAGGUUUGCCAGGAGAAAGAGGACCAACUGGAUUACCGGGACAAAUGGGGCCUCCGGGACCAGCGGGUCCUAUUGGUCCCCGUGGGGAACGAGGACGUGAGGGCCCUCCAGGACCACCAGGGGUGCGAGGUGUUGACGGAGCGCCUGGACCACCAGGAUUAAUGGGUAACGUGGGCAAACCUGGGUCACCGGGCUUUCCGGGAGCACCAGGCAUAAAAGGCGAACAGGGUGCAGUCGGACCCAAAGGAAGUCAAGGUCUUCAAGGACCAAGAGGCGAAGCAGGCCGACCGGGGCAACCCGGUGAAGUGGGAGCCCCUGGUUUAGCGGGAAGAGAUGGUACUCCGGGUGAAAAGGGUGUUCAAGGUCAAACUGGUGCUACUGGACCGCAAGGUUUUCCUGGACCCAGGGGUAUUCCUGGCAUCGCUGGCGAUCCAGGCAUCCCCGGAGCUAAAGGAAUGCCGGGUCAACCAGGAGAAAGGGGUGCAAAAGGUGAUGCUGGUAUUAGGGGAGAGUCUGGCGCUCCCGGGCCCCGCGGUCUCCCCGGUACCAUAGGACCAGAAGGAAAACGCGGUAAAAGAGGACUAAGAGGCCCUGCUGGUAAUAUUGGUCCUCAAGGAGACAGAGGUUUACCUGGAAUGAGAGGAUUGCCUGGAAUAGACGGCCCAAUAGGACCGAAAGGUCAAGCUGGCGAAAAAGGUAGUGUAGGAUUACCCGGACCGAAAGGGAGCACCGGUGACGCUGGCAGACCUGGACCCCAGGGCCUGCAAGGUCCGAGAGGACUUGUUGGAAGACCUGGCAUGACUGGGAAAUCUGGACCGCCUGGAGAAAGAGGAAUUCCUGGAGCUGAUGGCAGGCCUGGUGAACAAGGAUCACAGGGUAUUCAAGGACCUCCCGGACUUAUGGGAAGUCCAGGAGAAAGAGGCUUACAAGGCGAACCAGGCAAAGACGGAGAGCCGGGACAACAAGGACAGCAAGGGCCGAAAGGUGACGCAGGACGAGACGGAAGUCCAGGAAUUCAAGGACCACAAGGACCAUCUGGUCCUGCUGGAGAGAGGGGGCCUCAGGGUCCACCUGGCCCUACUGGAUUUCCGGGAAUGCCUGGAGCAGCAGGAUUGCCUGGGUCACCAGGAAAGGAAGGGGAACCUGGUGUUGCUGGACCAGCUGGACCACCCGGUCCUUCAGGACCGCGAGGGGAAAGAGGUUUCACUGGCGAACGUGGCUUACCUGGUCAGGCUGGAACACCGGGAGAAAAGGGUGAAUCUGGCGCGCAAGGGUCCGAUGGACCACCGGGGCCUGAAGGACCAAAAGGCAGCAAAGGACACCCCGGCCAACUCGGUGCUAUGGGACUUCCUGGCCCUCGCGGCAUGACCGGUCUACCAGGAGAGAAAGGGGAGAGAGGCGCAUCUGGCCCGACUGGAAACGAUGGUCCUCCUGGGCGACAAGGGGAACAAGGUCCUCAGGGACCAGUUGGCUCUCCAGGCCACCCAGGUGAACCAGGUGAAAGGGGCGAACCGGGUACUGCGGGUGUACCUGGGGAGCCAGGGGCACCUGGUUCUCAGGGUGAACGGGGUCAACCAGGAUUACAAGGUUCUUCUGGCCUUCCUGGACCUCCUGGUCUUACGGGCAUGCCGGGAUUGAAGGGAGAUAGAGGUUAUAUGGGAGCAAAGGGUCAACAAGGAUCGCCAGGCAGCCCAGGAAUUCCGGGUGAGCCUGGUCAGAGAGGUCCUGCUGGACAGCCAGGCGGGAAGGGUGCUCGAGGGGAACAAGGAGUCAAAGGGGACAUUGGUCACGCAGGUUUGCCUGGAAGGCCGGGAGAAUUAGGUCCACAGGGUCCUCAAGGAAGUACAGGGCCAGCAGGAGCACCUGGAAUGCCUGGGGCUAAAGGCGCAUCGGGGGAGUCUGGCAGACCUGGUCCACCUGGCCCUAUAGGCUUAACCGGUGCUCCAGGAGCUGAAGGACCAAAAGGAGAGAGAGGCAGUGAAGGUGAUAUUGGACCUCAAGGACCUGUCGGCCCACCGGGGCCCGCUGGAGAGAGAGGACCAAAUGGAAUGCCUGGUAUGGUAGGGCCACCUGGACCACAAGGACUGCGUGGAAUACAGGGUGAGAGUGGGGCUCCAGGCAAACCUGGUGCAGACGGAGCUCCCGGGCCAAUUGGACCAACCGGAGCACAAGGACCACCUGGACCAAUGGGAGAACCUGGACCAGAGGGUCGACCAGGAAAACUUGGCCAACCAGGAUUACCUGGUAGACCGGGCGAUAAGGGUCCCAUCGGACAACCUGGUGCAUCGGGACCAGCUGGUCCACCGGGCAUGCAGGGUCCACCUGGUCCAUCAGGGCCUCCUGGACAGGCUGGCGAAAGAGGAUUAAGAGGUGAACCGGGACCACAAGGAGUUGACGGUCCCCAAGGUCCGUCUGGCAAACAAGGACCACCAGGUUUGGACGGUGCUAAGGGUGAACGCGGUGAAGCUGGCGUUGACGGUGCUAAGGGGCAUGCAGGAUUACCUGGAUUGCCCGGAAUGGUCGGUGCACCAGGUAGACCAGGAGAAAGGGGCUUACCUGGACCAAUAGGACCGCCUGGCAAAGAUGGAGAUGUUGGACCAAGAGGCACCCCUGGUCGCGAUGGCAGUCCGGGUCCACAAGGUCCAAUAGGACCACCUGGUGGUCGAGGUCCGCCUGGUGAAUCAGGCCGGCACGGACCUCCGGGGCCAGCUGGUCCUCCGGGACCUCCAGGCUUACCUGGAGAGGGUUUGGCAUACGAUGCUGCUGCUAUUGCUGCUAUGCUUCAACAAGGUUCGAUCAAAGGACCCGAUCCAUUAGGCGAUGAUCCAAACAUCACACCACCGCGAUUCUUUAAAGAGGACAUGACACCAGCAGAACGCAAGAAGAUAGUGAUGAAAGCGUAUGAACAGCUCAAAGUAUCUCUUAACAAAUUCUUGAAGCCUGACGGGUCCAAAGAUGCUCCAGCGAAGACUUGCGGAGAUAUUAAAUACCACCAUCCGGACUUCAAGAGUGGACAAUACUGGAUUGACCCUAAUGGCGGCGAUAUGAAUGACGCCAUAUUAGUCCACUGUGACAUGUCCACCGGCGCCAGCUGCAUCUUCCCCAAGCCGAUGCAGUCCCAAGACAUCGAGUAUAAGGGAAAAGAACGUGAAGUGUGGUUGAGUGAGAUGGAAGACGGAUUCACGAUAUCCUACAAGGCAGAGCACAGCCAGCUAACGUACUUGCAGCUGAUGUCUGCAAAGGCUAUACAGAAUGUGACCUUGCACUGUCGUAAUACCGUUGGUUACUUCGACCCUGCCUCUAAGAACUACAGGCAUGGUCUCAAGCUGUUGGCCUACAAUGACGCGGAGAUUCUACCAAAAGCUAACAACAGACUACGGUACAAGGCUUUGCUGGAUGAAUGUCAGUACAAGAAACAUGAGUGGGCGAAGACUAUAGUACAAUACGAAACGGACAAGCCAGGCCGACUGCCGCUUCUAGACGUUGCUGUCAGAGACGUUGGCAGGCAGGACCAGAUGUUCCGUGUGGAACUGGGACUAGCUUGCUUUAGUUAA